UGAACUGGGAGACAGGUGGCUGAGUCGGCCUGACUGCAGCCACGGCGGCAUCUCCCUUUUUUCAUUCCACGUCUCGGCCCACACAAGAGUCCAAUAAGCCAUGGAUGCGGUGACCGUGUAUCACGGCAAAAUAACCCGGGAAACAGGGGAGAAGCUCCUGCUUGCUACGGGUCUGGACGGCAGCUAUUUGCUGAGGGACAGUGAGAGCGUCCCGGGCGUCUACUGCCUGUGUGUGCUGUAUCGAGGUUACAUUUAUACAUACCGAGUGUCCCAGACAGAAACAGGUUCUUGGAGUGCUGAGACAGCACCUGGGGUACAUAAAAGAUUUUUCCGGAAAAUAAAAAACUUAAUUUCAGCAUUUCAGAAGCCAGAUCAAGGCAUUGUUAUACCUCUGCAGUAUCCAGUUGAGAAGUCCUCAGGUAGAAGUACACAAGGUAUAGCAGGGAAAAGAGAAGAUCCUGAUGUCUGCCUGAAAGCACCAUGAAGAAAAUUAAAACCUUGCACUUUAUUUUCAAUAAUUUAAAUACAUACUGUAUCUUUUAUAUUGUAGAUAAUACAGUUCAGUGAGCUACAAAUGCAUUCCUAAAACCAUCGUAAGUCCUGUAAUGGAAGCAUCUAGCAUGAUGUUAAAACUGAAAUGGACUUUGUAGAUAAUGAGGAGCUUUGAAACAAGGAUUGGGAAAAAAUAAUUGUUAGGUUAUUUUUAGCCAUUAUAUUUACAAAUGGGAAAGAAUUCAAAGCAUACUUUAUGAAAGAGUAAUAUCAAUUCUUGCUAAAUACCAAUAAAAAUAAUCCUCAUUUUUGUUAAAAGCACCAUUUUUAGUGAAAUAGUAUUUUGGUAGUUAUUGAUUUUAAAAUGCCUUGCUGGAUUGUAUGGUAGGAAAUUUUCUGUUUCAUGUCUUUGUCAUGUGCAGUUCUACAUUGGGUAUUAUCUUCUCCACUAGCUAUGGUUUCAUAGGUUCUUUCAUGAUUUAUGAAGCUGUGCACCAUGUACUAGAUAAAGAGUGAAGAAUUUCUGUUUAAUUCUGAAAGCAACCUUCUAGCCUAGUGUUCUGUUGUAGGACAGUAAAAUCUGCAGACCAAUCUGGAAUAGUAAAUCCCUAAAUUUAAAGUACACUCUAAGUGUUUGUUGUAUUUGAUGCUAUAGAACUUGAAAUUAUAUUACUAAUUGUUGUGGAUACUAUAUAUAAAACCUCAUCUUGAAGGAAAACUGCAGUAGCUACAGCAAACGUAACUGAUUUGCAAGCAGCCUCCCUAUUAGGUAAUCUUAUAAGACCAUUAGAAAGCUUAUGGCUACAUUAAUUUUUAACAAUUCCAAGUGAUUUUUUGAAGUAAAAAUUUUAGACAGUGAUGGGUACUUGUAUUUCCUCCUCACAUUUGUAUUUUCAUGACUUUUGUGAUUGAUUACAUGUCAAAAUGCUUCAGGGCUCAUGGAAUUCAUUCACUCAACAAACAUAAUAGGCACUGGGGGUAGAGAAGUAAAAACACCUGGACUUUCCUUCAGGUAUCUCACUGUCUGGUUGGACAAGGAAAACAAUAACAAUAAAAGACAAUAAAAGAAAAUAACAGCAAAAGAAAAAUAAUAAAAAAGGUGAUAAAUGUAUGAGGUUCCCUAUGUGUAGGUAGAUCUGUCUUCAGAGGCAGAGUGAGUCAAUGCUGCAAUACUCCAGUCUGUGGUCGAUGGAAAAGGCUAAGUUUAUUUUAAAUUAAUAGAUUGGAGAGUUGGGUUGUACAUGAGUGAGCUUGGUUAAUGUUAGUGAACUGCUGAGAGAUAGAACCCUCUCUGUGUGCUGGCAAGAUCUGAUUUCUGGGCUUUUAAAAUGGAUGCUCUGGGAGCACAGAGGCAAAGUAUGGUCACAGUAAUGUAUUGUAGGCAGAUUACCAUUUCUAGAAGUGAGAGCAUCACUUUAACUUAAGAAAAGGAAUUCAGAAAGGCGACUUUUAAAAUUAAGUGCAUAUGUUUAAAUAAUUUGUAAUUAUUUGUAUCUUGAGUUAAAUUUUAAUAGGUAUGACUAAUUUUUAUUCUCUCUAAUUUGUUCAUCCUGGAAUUAUCCUAAAUAUAUGAUUAUGUUUGCAUGCUCCUUUACCAGAGCCCUUUUAGAAAAGGCUUUUUUGAAUCAUUAAUGGAAUUUCACAAUUUAAUAAAAUAUUUGAAAGUUUUAUUUAACUAAUUUGUCUUAAAUGGUGCCAUUUAAAAAUAUUCAGAUAGGUACUAUAAAUAUACUAAAUAAAGCAUUGAUGAAGGAUGUCUUACUUACAUUAUUGAACUGAUCCUCUGAAAAGGUAAAUGCUUUUCUGAUUUUGCUACUGUCAAACUUUCUGGUUGAUGUGCCUCCCUUGUAUCCUUUUGCUGGCCUUUUAUUAACCAUGAUUUUUUUCCUUUUCUGUUUCACAACAUGAGCACUCUUGCUACUUUCCAGUGUAUAAAUAGCUUGCAUGUUUACAGAAAGGACAUAUCCUUUCUGUGUCUAAAAUAUUGCCAUGAUAACAUACACCUGUAAGAUGCUGUGUCAAGAUAGAAAAAUGCAAGUAUAUUUCCAGCCACAUACCUCUCUUCAGAAAAAAAAAGUGUCAGCAAGCUCACAAGGAAUAUGACAGCUUAUCAAAUACUUGUUCAUUCUCUGAAAUUUGUUCUUAGAAGAUAUAGGUCAGUAGGGAAACAAGCUUAGGUAACUGUCUGUUUGGCUGUUACAGGCAGAGAAACUUUAUGGUAGUUCACAGGUAGAAUAAAUCUACAGAGAAUGCCUCUAAGUCCUCUGGUAUAAAUAAAGGGCUGGACUUAAGAUAUUCCCUGUGGUAGAAUGGACAGAGAAUAAAAAAUGUGAGAAACAACUUUAAGAUCUGUUAAGAAUGUUUACAUUACAGCUUAUAUUUUCACUUUAUUGAGUUCAGUAUCCAAAGUCUAUUAUAAUAAAACCCAGAUUUGCCCUUGAGCAUUUCAAGGUUACAAGCUGCCUGGACUUCCUGUUAGGGUGCCAUAAAUUCAACUUUGUCACCUGUGUGUGCCCGUGCAGGAAAUGGGAUGCCAUUAUUUUGCAGUUUGCAACUAGGGGUGAAGUUAAACUACCCAGUUUGGACACUGAGAAUUUGGGGCCACUUACCGAACUUGUAAUAAAAGGCUGAAUUCUCAUUAGGCCACUUGCUUUUUGAAUGAAUAUUUUUACGUAGAAAGAUAUAACAAACCUGACCCACUGACUGGAUAGAACAUAUCAACAUAUGUGGAUAGGAUACACACACACAGAAACUGAACUGUUAUUUCACAGGAAGGAGAUAUUGUACAUAGUAUGGGACAGAGAGAGUAGAAGCAGAAAUGCAUGAGACCUUAAUUUUUUGCCACUGAUUAGCUGUGUGAUCUUGGGUAAGUCUGUUACUUUAAUUGCAUUUGUCAAGCAGGAAUCAUUAAUUAUUACUCACCUCACAGGACUUUUGAGGUAUAAUUUUAAGAUAGUAAUAUUUCUAAAUACUUAAAUAUCAUUGAUAUUCAAGGAUCUCUAAACAUGAGGGCAAAUAGGGAAGGAAUAUGGAGAAAUCUGUCUCCAUUAACAAUGCUUUCAAUGUUGGGGCUCCUGUCCUCCCUCUUUUUAUACUCUGCAUAGUUUGGGGAAAAAAUCCCCAGGUGAUACUAAUAGCACUCCACCCACCUGUGCACCAUUGAUUUACUGCUGAUGGGUUGUGUGAGGCAGCAACCAAGGUCAUCUUCUGUUUUGUGAAUGUGUUCACUGUAUCUGUGUGUACAUCAAUGAAUAAAAAGGCUGCAGAGCAUUCUGCAGUGGUGUAAAUUCCAGGACUUCAAGCAAGUUUCAGUAAUGGGCUGCUUGGACAUUAUGUGGCCCACUAAUAUCAAGUUGAAUUUUGAAAGCUCUCUUGGCCAGCUUUCCCAAUGUCACUUGUAAAUGUCUUCUUGUGGAAAGUAAAUGGCAAAUGGCCAUUGUAAUUGCCCAGGAUGUAGGGCCUCAGAAGAGCUGUUGUUUUUUAGUCUUUCCAGGAUAGCCUCCUUUACACUCCCACCCCCACCCCCAAUCCAUGUUUCCAAUGCAGGUCCUCUAGUCCUCCCCCACCCCUUUUUUUGCAUUUCUUUGUUUUCUUUCUAUUGCUGAGAAAGGCACCAAAAGGAGAAAGAAGACUUUCUAAAAAUCAUAGCCUAGAAGGAUGUAAAUUUGCAGCAGCUACUUUUCCUUGUUUAUUAAAUGGUCACUUGUGUCAGAGAUCCUAUUUGAAAAAUAAAAAUGAAGAGAUGGUGUGCCUAGGAUUAGUGCCUUUUUGAUUUCUGCACAUACAUUUUCAUGAUGACACGGUUUUAUUGUUCCCUGUUAGGGAGCCACUUUUCAUAUCUCAGGUGACCACACUGACUUGAGAAUGCAGUUUGGCACAUGAAUAAAAUGGCACACAGCGUUCAUUUGCAAUUUUAUUUUUUAAAAAUGAAAUAUUCAAAGUACUUUUUUCUUUCAAAUAUUGACACAUAAUGUUUAACUUUAAAUAUUUACAGCAUGUUGUUGUGAUGCUCUUGUAGAAAAAUGCAUGCUUCUGGCCUGAAAGCCAGAGCAAAAUGCAAAAGACCAUUUAACUGCAGCCAGAGAACAUGAACCUGUACAGUAUCCAGUCACUUUUCAGCACAGGAGUGAAAGCAGGAAUACAAAAUUGGAAUCUAUUGUUUCCUAGCAACAUGGCUGAAGCCAUUAUAACACAAUUUUCAGUAUGAUUAGAACCUCUAACUGUUGUUAUAUAGAAACUGAAAAUCUUGGCAUACACUGUAAACAUCUUUACUUUUCAUGAGAAAGUAAGCAGCUAAAAAGAAUAUUUUUCUGACUUAAAAGCUAUACUUCUUUCACCUUCUCUCUUACUGAUGCUUUUGCCAGAAUAGUAAAGAUUUAGACAUUGUCAUGAUUCAUACAAGUAAAAUAUUUUCAAGGACACAAUCUGAUAUACUAACAUUUAUUUAAGAGAUUAAAGUCCAUCACUAAAUCUAAGGAAAGAUUUUUAACUGCCAAACACAUUUCCUUUGACAAAUAAUAUAAGAUGACAACUGCCAAGACAAAAUCCACAGCAAAUUUAACUCUAAGUAUUUUCAGUUACUGUUUAGGAAGUAAUUUCUUCUUACAUACAGUAGUAUAUUUGGUCCUUAAUAGCUUUCAUAUGAAGGACACACUAAAAUAACAGUCACUAUUUUGUAGUUGAAUUCCUUUAUGUUGUUGUUGGUUGUUUUCUAUUUUUUUUGUUUGUUUGUUUUGCUUUUUAUUUCUCAGAAUAAAGACCCUUACAGGAGGCUGUGGAAGAGUGGUCUGAGAUCUGAAGUACUAGUCAGGUCAGCCAUGUGUAUGUGAGUUCCUCCAAGAAAACAAGAAUAUUGCAUUUGCAUCCAAUCUGUAGACUUCUGUUUUUCCACAAGCUAAAAUCCACUCAAAUCUCUCCAAAGGUUUCUUUCACUAUUUGAUUACUGUACUUUUGCUUCCAUUACCACUGAACUCCAUUACAAGUGCCCUUACAUGAACACAUCUUUAUAAAUGCAAAAAGUUUACCCUGACUCUCUCAGGUGGUAUUACAGUGGGGCCUGGUCUGUUUAAAAAUAUAUUUUUCAAAAAAAGAAAGAAAGAAGAAAAAGAGUAGAAACUACAUGGUGUAAUGCUUGAAACUGUGUCAACAGUGACAAAAAAGAAAAGUCUUAUGAAAACCAUAACUUAAUUUCAUAGCACUCUAUGUAGUUAGCAUGUGAAUUCCAAAUUAUUAUUGUCAAGUUUUCAUACAUUUGACUAUGUUGUAUAUAUUAUAUUAUAUAUAGUCUUUAUAUAUUACAGAUCUUCUAGAUAAAUUGACAACAAAGGACAUGCUUAUCUUAUACAUUAUUUUGCUGGGUUAAAAAUAAAACAUAUG